GUCAUUUCUAGAAAAGCUAGCGCGAAACCAAGCGAUCUGAUAUUUCUGCGAAAGUGCCUUAAGGCAGUUAAGGAAAAAUGUCGGGAACUACGCAAAAAUACAGAAACUUUGUGGCCGAGCCUAUGGGCGACAAAUCUGUCACAGAACUGGCGGGCAUAGGCGAAACGCUCGGUGGACGUUUGACGGAAGCGGGAUUCGACAAGGCGUACACCGUACUGGGUCAAUAUUUGGUGCUUAAAAAGGACGAAGAGCUGUUUAAAGAUUGGAUGAAAGAUGUUUGCCACGCCAGUUCAAAGCAAGCCUCCGACUGCUACAAUUGUUUAAAUGAUUGGUGCGAAGAGUUCUUGUAAAUGGCGCGCAGUUUAUUGGCUCAAAAUUCCACAGCCGGGGACAAAACCAUGUCCGCUGUCUCUAUAUAAGCAACCAAGCACUUUUAUUGUAACUAAGUAAAUAUGUUCUGUUCGAAGUACUAAACUUAAGAUAUACCAUUUUAUAACACGAAUCUAAAUCAAAGGGAUUAAACGCAGAUGACAGUUCA